AUGACUCGGGACGUAGAGCACGGCACCCCAGAAGAGCUCAUCACUGAGCUUCCUGACCGGCCACAGAGACCUCUGACCACGCGCGAAAAACUCGCCGCUACGACCUACACAGUACAGUCUCGCAAUGGAAGCAGCGAUCACGAGAAAGGCCACCCUCCGGCACUCCAUCAAGACAAUGGGAUUUUCGCCCGCCUUCGACAUUUCGAAGCGACAAUGGACAAAAAAUUGGGAGUCGAAUCCGAAGCUAUAGACCGGAAACGACCCGAAGAUCGCAAGCCUCAACCCUGGCACGCUCAACUCAACAUGGCAUUGAUCUGGGCCUCCGGAACGAUGAACAUCUCAUGUUUCGCUACGGGAUUUUUGGGGUGGGAGUUUGGGUUGGAUUUGAAGCAGAGUAUUCUUAUUACCGUCUUUGCUUCGAUCCUGGGAGCUUCGGUUUCCGGGUUCUGUGCUACUAUGGGCCCUGCGACGGGUUUGAGACAGAUUUCGAUUGGGAGAUACAGUCUGGGGUGGUAUCCGAAUAAGAUCAUUGCGGCUUUGAAUACGAUUCAGCAGUUGGGGUGGAGUGCUGUGGGGUGUAUUACUGGGGGGUUGGCGUUGACGGCGGUUUCGAAUGGGGGGGUUAGUAUUGUGGUGGGGAUUAUUAUUAUUGCGGUUUGCAGUUUGGUGGUGAGUUUCAUUGGACUUCGGGCGAUUCUGGUUUAUGAGAAAUAUGCCUGGCUGGUGUACUUCAUCAUCUUCAUGAUUGUCUUCGGCAUGACGGGACCUUAUGCCGACAACUCGACUCCUUCUUCCCUCACAGGUCUGGACUUCAGCGGGACGGUGCUCAGCCUGCUCGCGAUCGUCUACGGCUCUUCAGCCAGUUGGGCAACAAUUGCUUCGGAUUACUACGUGCACUACGCCGUGAACGUGAGCAGGGUCAAAGUCUUCCUGAUGACCACCUUCGGCAUCGCCAUUCCAACUAGCAUCGGCAUGGUCUCGGGCUGCGUCGUCAGCUCCGCCCUCAACAACCGCCCAGAGUGGAAAGACGCUUACAAAAAUUCUGGAUUGGGCUACCUCAUCGAAGACAUGCUGCACCCCAAAGGUUUCGCCAAGUUCAUCCUCGUCUUACUCGUGCUCUCAGGCAUCAACAUGAACAUCAUGAACACCUACAGCGCGGCAUUAUCCUGUCAACAACUUUCUCGACCUUUUGCCAAAGUCCCCCGCUUCAUCUGGACGAUUCUGUGUUUUGGGGUGAUUGUGGCACUUGCUCUUGCGGGCAGGAAUCAUCUCCUCACGUAUCUGCAGAAUUUCUUGUCUCUGCUCGGAUACUGGUGUACGUCUUAUUUUGUGAUCGUGUUCUCCGAGCAUUACUUUUUCCGAAAAGGUGAUUUCGACAAUUACGAUCUCGCAGGCUGGAAUGAUCCGAAUCGAGUUCCGCUUGGGAUUGCCGGAGGCACUGCUUUCGCUUUGGGCGUGGUUGCUUGGGUUAUGGGUAUGGUUGAGACGUGGUAUGUUGGCCCACUGGGCAAGCUUAUUGGGUCCAGCGGUGGCGAUAUUGCCAAUCAGUUGGCUUUUGUUGUUACUGCUUUUACCUACGUGCCGGUGAGAGUCCUCGAGCUGAAGUAUAUCGGACGAUAG